AUGUAUUUCACUUACGUAGUAAGACCAGGAGAGGCACCUGAGGGCCGCGGACCUCAGUUUGAGCCCUUCUGGAGCUUCAUCGUCAACUACAGCCUUCGCCUGGGGGUCUUCUUGCUGCUGGGGGCCUAUGCAUGCCUCCUCAUGACGGUUUCGGCUGGAAACAACGAUCCUCUGGCGCUUCUAAACGUCCUUAGGGCCGCUCCUGAGUCUGCUGGCAAAUGCCCCCUUUGGGCGGCGCAGUUGGGCUGUGGCCUGCUGAUACUCGGGCAUCUCACCAUGUUGGCUUUCCAAUCUCUGACUGACGACGACAGCAGCAUCAAACAAUCCAGGGGAUAUCGCACAGGGAGCAAAUUUCUGCAGCAGGCCUCUUCGUUCGGCGUUGUUGCCUCAACAUUGACUCUUCUUGUCGUUUACUCCGCUAACUACUACUUCGACGAUCCCUGGAUGAACAAAAAUAUAGGCAGCGGGUCUUCCUGGCUCAUUUUUUUCACUUCGCGCCUUUGUGACGCCUUUUCCAUGUUUUUCUACGCGGGAUCUAUAUUUUACCUUGAGGCGUACCACUCGGAGGGCGCUGGAGAGGCUUGGGGAUGGCUUGGUGCCUUCUGCUUCCACUUGACAGCUUUCGCCGAGCUCGCUGCUCUCGCCACAUGGGGCAAUUCGUCGUUUCCUGUUUGGGACGCCGUCUACACGGUGAUGCUUGGGGUGUCCCUCUGUGUAAUGUUCUUGUGGGCUAUUUUCUUUGAGCCUGUGAGCCAUCGGUUCGAUGUCCGUCUCACUCAGUCGGCCAUGAGAAACGAAUAUUACAAGUCCCGAAAUGCCAUGGCCUACUAUGGACCCGCCGUGGUGAAUGCAGACGGCGAAAUAGACAUUGCUGCAGCGGCGCAGCAGGCGCAGGCUUGCCUCAACUGCUGCUCCUGA